AUGAAGCACACUCCUACGAGAAGCACCGCAGACUGUUGGAAAAGGCUCUCAGAGGAGUGCGCCCAGGGUGCCAUCUAUGAUUCUUACGAGCGACAGCCACACUGCAAGUGCCUCGAAGGAACGCGAGUAGACAUUCUUCGGUCACUCAGAACUAUGGCCCUGCAUGACAGAGAUCACAAGAUAGUGUGGAUCUCAGGGGACCCUGGUUCGGGCAAGUCCACGCUGGUGCAUACGCUCGCCGAUGAACUCUGGCAAAGGGAUACAGAUUCAUUAGUAGGAACAUUCUUCUUCUCUCGCGAGGACCUAAAGCGCAGCACGUUCGACCGCGUUUUCCUUACUUUAGCGUACCAGCUAGGGCUACGGCACCCUCGCGCUCAAUCCACCAUAACGAAGGCUAUUUCUGACGAUCCAGCGCUUCUUUCUUCAGAGAAGUCCCACUCUGAUCAGCUAGACAAGCUUGUCACUCAGCCC